AGUGCAUUAGCUGCUCGUACAGCCUCGGUUCCCCUUGCUGUCCGUGAGCGACGCGAAAAACAACUUGGACUAACCCCUGGCCCAGGAGAAACAGACGCUACACCUGACGGCCUUUCGCCUUCUGACUUGGCUAGGUACAAGAGACAUAAAGCUCUUGGUACCCUUCCUAAGUCUGAAGAUGGGAAAGUACAGUCACCAAAAGAAUGGAUUCAACGUAGGGACGCCAGGAGAUCACGGAUUCGUGGGUUCCGGACUAUUAGACGAACUGUGCCAACCAAAGAGGAUCCAGAUGUGACAAAAACGGUGCAGGAAGUCGACGUUGCCGGUCAACCAGUGUACCUCCCUAAUAUCAUCUUCCGUCUUGUCAGAAAUCACACUCCCGAAGGGCAAGAUUACAAUCCCUUCGAAGCUACCUUCCGUGUUCCCCCAUCUGUCACAAAAACCGAUAUUCGCUCGUACCUCUUCGCUGUGUAUGGUGUCAAAACCACCUACAUUCGUACGGACUUGUACUACGGCCGUAGCAAACCACGUGGACUGAGUAACCGCAAAAUGCGAAGUACCUACAAACGUGCCGUCGUGGGUCUCGUUCAUCCAUUUUACUACCCACACCGUAUGGAGGAUAUGCCUCAGGAAGAGAGAGAUAAAAGGGAAGAUUUCAUCGAGCAACAGUAUUUCGUCAAAGAAGCACAUAAGAUGUUUGCUCAGAAUCGAUUCCGAAGCGCGGCUACCUCUGCGAGAGGUGACGAAUCGAAACAGUGGAAGUUCGACGAAGGAAGUGUGAAGGGACGAGGGAAAAUCUUGAAAGAGGUUGCGAGGAGGAGGCAGUUGAAGGAGCAAAUGGUGGCUGACUUGGUUGGGCAGUGGCAGAAGACGAGG